AUGUUUUGUCCCGUGGCGUUCCAUCAGAAAGGCCCCCAAAAUUCAGUAAUAGUACCUGAUGGGAACAGGUAUGGUUAUGGCCCCCUGACCCUCAUGAGUAAGCUAAAUCCAGGCCUGGAGAGGAUGUUCCCUAUAGAGCACCAGCAGGGGUUCGCUCAGAGAGCCCCGGUCCAGGCAGUACAGGCUCUGAGUGAGGGCCUGGUGCAGAACCAGACUGCCCCUCUCAUCCGUGUAGCGCAGCUGGAAGCCCACCCCCUCCAGAGCCCCCCCGCGCACAACGUCCGACACGUCGAACACGUCGUACCCGGACGAGGGCCGCUGGUCCAGGGUCAGCUGCCGCUCCUCCAGGGGGGGGCUCUCCCUCAGCCGGUGGUCCCGGGAGGCCACCACGCUGUGCAGGCUGACCGUCACGCUGAGCGGGCGGGGGUGGAGGGUCUUCCUGAACAGGACCAGCUCCGCGCCCAGCAUGGAGGGGUCAAGGCCGCUGACGUUAAACCAGAUCCAUCCUGGUGGAGCAAUGGCUUUGCUGAGCCCUUUGUCCUCCUCCGCUUCUCUGCGUUGAUCCAUCAGCAGCAGGCCUGUGGCCGACCAAACCAGGAGGAAGAGCACCAAAAACCCCAAACCCACACCCCGGGCCAUUCUGGUCUGAACUGA